AUGGAAGGUGUAGGGUCGAGAUUGAGCCGGACGUCAUCGAGAUACAGUGGUCCGGCGGCGACGGCGGUUUUCAGUGGCCGUGUAAGGAAGUGGAAGAAGAAGUGGGUACGUGUCUCAACCUCAUCCGUCGGCGUUUUCCGAGCUUCUAAAUCCAACGGUCGCAACAACAACAGUAACAGCGGCAAUUCUCCACACCAUCUGCUUCUCCAUAAGUGGACCCCACUUUCCUCGGCAACGGUUACUGCCUCCGAAGCUAACGGUUCCGGUGAGACGGAAGAGCCGCGUAAGCGAAGAUUCAGAUACGCUCCGAUUGCGAUGCUUGAGCAUAGAGAAAAAGUGGCUACUAAGGAUUCUGAAAUUGAGUCUAUAGCGGAAGAGACUGACGAAUUCGACACUGAAUCUCCAUUGCCUAAAGCUGUUGAGCUGGAUAUGAACAUGACAGACACAUACCAAACUAAGGAAGCAAAAACUGGUCAUUUGAAACUGGGACUGUGUCUGAAUUCUGAAGUGACUGAAGAAUGA